GAGGAGAGGAGGAGAGAAAAGAAGUGUGAGAAAGGUGCAAAGGAGAGGAUAAAAGAGGAGAAUGAGGAGGCAGAUGUGGCAGAAAACAGAACGUUGCCAGCUGUCAAAAAGGAGGAACGGGAUCAUCAUCGUCCUCACUCUCAUCCUCAGCAUCCACCUCUGUUGCCUCAGCCUGCUCGCUCAGUGGACUCAAACGUGGGCGGUGCCAGAGACAAAGAGGAGGAGACUGAGAGGUUAAAAGGAGGAGCAAAACUCAAACCGCAGGAUUCACCUGCUGCUAAGGUGAAGACAGAACCUCCAGCUCCUCCUCUUUGCAAAAAUAAAUCACCUUCGCCUCUCCCUCUGUCCCCUCCUGCCUCUCGUCAUCCUCCUCAUCAGGACACAAAACCCAAAGUAUCAUCAAAGCCCCAUCAUCAUCAUCAUCACCACCACCACCACCACCAUCACUCAGACAACAGAAUGACGUCUUCCAGUACAGCAUCCUCCUCCUCCUCUUCCUCUACUUCUCAUUCAGAUCCCAAAUCACCUCGUUCUCCAUCUUUUUCUAAGUCUUCCUCCUCCUCCUCUGCGCCUUCAGCUGGUUCCACUGAUACUCCUCCUUUGCGCUCCUCUUUUGCUGCUCCCAGUCCGUCUUCUUCUACCUCCUCUUCUGUUCCUGGUCUGUCCACAUCUUCCUCCACGUCAGCCUCCGCUACAUCUUCCCUGAGUAGUCCCAAGCCUAAAGUGGACUCGCAUCUCUCCACACUCCCUCCUUCCACCAUCUCGUCGUCUUACCAGCCGCCUCCCUCCUCUCAGUCAGACCAAGCGAAGGACAGAGACUCACUACGUCCGAAGGCAGACGCUGAUUCAGACACACGGACACAAGUGCAGUCAGAGGUUCGAGCAUCACAGGGCUCACCUGCUGUGGGUGUACACACACACACCUCCCAAGCUGACGCACGGACACACACAGUAGCUGACACACGGACACAAACGCUCCCAGAGAAAUGGACUCACAGUUCGGACUCCAGGACGUCGGCGGAUCCACAGAUACGUGCGACCCAGGACUCCGGGAGGCAAGGAAUUUACAUGCAGCAAUACACACCGCAGCAUCUCCCACCUCCUCCUCACCUCCCUCAGAUGCUUCCCCCUUCCUACUCCCCUCUCCUGCCACACUCCCACCUCCCUCAUAGACCUCCAAUCCUCCCCCCAAAUCAGCUGUCCAAUCCCUCCCUCCCUGCACAGCCACAGACUCUUAACUCUUAUCUGAGUCAGAAACCACCUCCCCAUUCGGUUCACAUGAGCCAGCUUCACCUGCAUCCUCCACACCAACCAAACAUCACCACCCAGUCUCAACCGUAUUACCAGCCUCCCCUGAUCCCCUCCCCGCCUCAUCCAAACACUCCUCUCACCAGCUCCCAGUCUCUUCCUCCUCACCUUUCUCACCAUCACCAGUUCGCCAAGACCUUCUACCCUCCUCAGCACCCCCACUUCCCCUCUCACCCCUUCCUCCCCCCUCAGUCUUUCCUCUCUCAGCCACCAGGCUCUUACCCGCUACAACCGCAAUACCAAACCUCAGCACCAGCGCAGGUUCAGCUCUCUCUGUCACAGCCUUUCCCCCAUCCCCCUCCUCCUCCUUCCUCCUCGCAGACCCUGCCUCCCCUUCCUCCUCCUCUUCCCCCUCCUCUCCCCCCUCAGCCUUGCCCCUCUGUCCUCUCCCCGCCCCCAAAGCAUGAAGAGGAGCGGAGACAGAUUUUAUAGUAGUUUUUGUACAUAAUGAUGCUGUUUUUAAAUGACUGUAUAUGUACAAGGUUUUAUUUUGGUUGUGCUGUUGUAAAACAAUGUAAAAAGGAAAUAACGGGGAGGACAGUGAAGUGUAUCGGUAUGGACACAGAUUCGUAGUUUAUAAAGCAGAGUUGGACUUUAUUUACCCCACACCUCUUGACUGGACUGGUUUAGACUGUCCUGAUGCUUUGGUUGUGCUCUGGUUCAGAAAUAUUAAGCAGUUGUUGCAUGUACUGGUAGUUUUGGCCUUUAGUGAAGUAUGGGCACGCCAAAAUCUGACACUGAAGAAGAGAUUUUCCAGGUUCAAGUCUGCCAAACUGCUGUCGUUCUUUUGAAGUGAGCAUAGCCCUUUUGAAUAUCAGAAUAUCUGUGAGCCGUCAGAGGUAGGAAGUGUCAGAUUUGUGACAGAUAUUUAUAUAAAAAAGGUCAUGACGACGACCUUUUUGUGAAACUUGCAGCUAAUGCUUCCAGUUUGUGGCUUUUUUUCUAGUAUAUUCUUUGUGCCCAAGACUGUUUCUGGAAUAAUGAUGGGUCAAACUGAUAUUAUACAAUACACAAAUGUAUUGAUGUGAUAUCACUACAUUUCCUCAACUAUAUUGUAUCGAUACAUCUUAAUCAAUACAGUAUAUUGCAGUAAUUUUCCCUAAUAUUGUAUUUUGAGCAAUAAUGCUCCGCAAUAAGCUGCUGAAUAUAAACCUGCAUUUCCCAGUUAUUGAUGUGGUGACAAGUAUCAGUAUUUUUAUUCAAAUUUCAAAGUGAUUGAUACACAGCCAGUAAUGUCCUGUUGAAUCAUGUUCAUUGAGUCAGCCUCCGUGAGGAGUGAUUAAAUGUAAUUAACAGGUAUCUUAAAUGAUUCUUCUAAUCAGUUGCAGUGUCUUAUUGCCCAAGAAGAAUAUUAGUGCAAUUAAAUGAAAAGAAUGCCCCGUUUAAAAUAGGACUGAGUAGGGUAAGCUACAGGCUACAGCCAGUAGCACUGUAGUCAAUUACAUCAUAAGAAGAGUUGCAAUUUGAAGUAUUGAAAUGAUCUUGUACCCGUAGCCCUCAACACCAGUGGCAGAGCUCUCAGUGUAAUUUCGCUGUGUUUUUCAGUGUCUGUUGGAUGUCUACCAGGGUCUCCUAAUUUUGGAAACUGAGCACUUGCUGGUCAGCCAGGGAAGAAUUCAACCCAGCCAAGGCUGUUACACAGAAAGGCCUUGAGAGUCUCAGGAAAAACUAUUCAGGACACAUCCACGAAUACAUUGGUCUCCUGAGGAAAAAAAACCUCAAAAUCUUAAUCACUGGCUAAAACCUGAUCCAUUGAUUUUACUGGAGUUCUAAGUAAUCUUUCAGGGUCAUUGAAAUAUUGUUCAAUCUGCAACAUUAUAUUAGCACCUAUGCAGCUACAUCAAGAGCUUGCCAUGAGGUAGAGCAAUAUCAUACAGAUUCAGUAUGUGAAGACUUCCCAAAUGUGACUCAGUACGGCACUUUGUAACACAAAUACAUCAGCUGCAGUUUAACGACAGUUGAUAUUAUUGAAAACACAUUGGGUCAUGUCAGCUUAUUAACAAUUUCAGGUUCUUCCAGGAUUAUUGUUUUAAUACAUUCAGGCCUCAGCAAUUCUAUGAUAGAACUUUUUAUUCUGUGUGGACACUUUGAAAACAGAUGGUACACUGUUGAGAGUUUCAUUCUCAAAGCACUGUUUAUCUAUUUACCUGAAGUCCAGUUUCUCUACAGUGUGGAGCAUCCUGUCUAUAAAAAUGUUUUAUUUAUCAACCAGGGACUGAAGUGAACUCCUGUGUUUAAAACUACAAUAAAUUAUUGAAAUUCUGUUUUAGCAACAGCUAUGAAGACUGUAUGUUUUUUCCAAGUAUCUGAUUUUAGGAUUGAACUCUUCUGUCUCAGUGCUCAUCCCACAGUUGUGGAACUUUUGUUGUUGAGAGAAACUUGAUUUUUUCUUUUUUUUUUGUUAUUGAUGUCUUGAUUUGACUUAAUCGCUAUUGGAGUACAGCCCAUCUGCUAAUGUAGCCCACAUCAUUUCCCCAGUGCCUGUCCUUAACUGUGAACUACUAAAUGGUCCAGAGCCAUAUAGAGAAGGAGUUCUGCCCUUUCGUGGAAGUUUUUAGGAGUCCAAGUUUUAAGUUUUCACUGGAAAAUGAAAAUGAAGCCUUAAAUUGGUCCCUAAAGCCGCUGAAAACUCUCCAAAUAUCUGCGGUUUAAGUUGGGAUGGUUCAGUGGAAUGAUAUCCUGAAAGCAGGGUUGUGUUUUUCAUGAUUAGUCUGACCACAAGCCGUAGCUUCAGCUCUCUUGGUCAGUUUGCCUCAUAGGACUGAAUUUCAGAGACAGAACUCUUCACUGUGUGGCUCUGGAGAGAGCUAGGUGAUUAAGCACUUGAUGCCAGUUGCAAGGCGCUCUGCAGCUCUUUUUAUGCUUUGGGGUUUCAGAUGUUACAAAAACAUGACAGGAACUUAUAUAUUUUUUGUACAAAUGUGACAAAAAUUAAGGUUGAAAACAAAAAAAGUCUUCAGGGGCUAGUGAUGUUUUCACAGAAUUUAUUUAUCUCAAGGUUUUGGUUUGGUCUUUUUUUCUAUUUUGUUUCUGUGAUUUUUAACUGUCAGCACUGUAGUGUACAUAAGAAGUUUUGUAAAGAGGAAAAAACUUGUAGUGUGGUUUCUACUUUAAAUAUGAGCCGAGCUAAUAAAAGGUUCAAUGUAUGAAACUAUUGGGGUAAGAAUUGAUGCUUAUUGCUCUGUUUAAGAGCAUCUAUGUUUAAAAAUGUGUACUUUCAAGAAUUAAAUUGUUCGUGUAUUCUUGAAAUUUAGACAUUUACAAUGACAUUAAAU